UCCAUUUCUAUGACAACAGAGAAGGCUUCGGCUGAGGAAAUAAGGAGCGCGAUGGAGGGUGACGCCAUGAGGACCAAUCAGGUUCCUGAGGACCACGGUGAAAUGGAUGAUAGCUCAGAGCAGACCCCCAGCAAAGCCUCCAAAUCCCCCCAGAAAACCAACAAGAGGCCCAGGACUGUCCCGGUCAAAGUCACUCUACUGGACGGCUCAGACUAUGAGACUGCAGUGGAGAAAUUCGCCAGGGGCCAGACCCUGCUGGACAUGGUGUGUGGCCAUCUGAACCUGCUGGAGAGGGACUACUUUGGCCUGUCUUACGUGGACACCGACAACUCCAAGAAUUGGUUGGAUCCCUCCAAAGAGAUAAAGAAGCAAAUUCGGGUUGGCUCCUGGAUUAUGGGAUUUUCUGUCAAGUUUUACCCUCCAGACCCGUCUGUACUGAUUGAAGACAUCACCAGGUACUACCUGUGCCUGCAGCUGAGGGACGACAUCCUGUCCGGACGUCUCCCCUGCUCGUUUGUCACCCACGCUCUUCUGGGCUCCUACACGGUCCAGGCCGAACUGGGAGACUACGAGGCCGAGGAACACGGCCCCGACUACGUUAACGACUUCCGAUUUGCCCCAAACCAGACACGUGAGCUGGAGGAGAGAGUGAUGGAGCUUCACCGUAACUACAGGGGAAUGAGUCCGGCAGAUGCAGAGGUGAAUUUUCUAGAAAAUGCCAAGAAGCUCUCGAUGUAUGGAGUUGACCUGCAUCACGCUAAGGAUUCAGAGGGAAUCGAUAUAAUGCUCGGAGUGAGCGCCAACGGUCUGCUCAUUUACCGGGACCGCCUCAGGAUCAACCGGUUCGCCUGGCCCAAAAUCCUCAAGAUCUCCUACAAGAGAAGCAACUUCUACAUUAAGAUCCGACCCGGAGAGUAUGAACAGUUUGAGAGCACCAUAGGCUUCAAGCUGCCCAAUCAUCGGGCGUCAAAGCGAUUGUGGAAGGUCUGCAUUGAGAACCACACCUUCUUCAGGUUGGUUUCCCCAGAGCCGCCUCCCAAGGGCUUCCUGGUGAUCGGCUCCAAGUUCCGCUACAGCGGGCGAACCCAAGCCCAGACCAGACAGGCCAGCGCUCUCAUCGACAGGCCUGCCCCGCAGUUCGAGCGCUCCGUCAGCAAGAGGUACUUGCUGCCUCGAAGCAUUGAUGGAGCCUCAGCUCUGGGUGAUAGCAUGGACCAAUUGUCGCAGCGAAGUUCCAGUGAACGCACACAGUUCAUGUCCAGAGAAGACCUAGACCAAGAGGGGAGCCUGGAUCUGGACCAUGACCAAUACCACUAUCAGGACCAAGACCAGGACCAGUACACAGAUCAAGAGCUGGAGCCGCAUGAGGGUCAAUAUCAGAAUCAGAUGCGGGGCUCUUCAACGCCCACAAAGACUUUAGAGCUUAAGAGUGAAGAGGCAGGUUCAUUUGUUGACUCGAAGCCAGAGGAUCUGGCCACCCCUCGGCAUAAACAGGAGCAGUUCCUGGAUAAGCCAGAAGAUGUCCUACAGAAGCACCAGGCCAGCAUCAACGAGCUGAAGAGGGCUCUGAAGCAGCCCAACAGCAAGAUGGCUCAGAGGGAGAAACGCCUCUCUUCUGCCACUCCUGCUGGAGGAACCCCUGAGUGGAAAUCUGCGACCACUGAUGGCAAAUUGAUUGAGAAGCAGGAUGCUCGUGAUGGAGCGCUGGAUGUUUACGCUAAAGAAACGCGCAAGACCUCACCUAUUGUUAGAAACACGUUUGCAUCUUGGACUGAAGCGAGCGUGAACAAUUGUGUAACACAAAUUGACUCUUCAAGAACUAGAACCCAAACUUCUCUGGAACAGGGAACAGACUUUACGAGUAGGGGAGCAAGAGAUUCGAACCCAAUGGAUGACGACUCUUUAUUCUCAAGAAACGCCUUUCAAGAAAAUGGAUACGGAUCAUCCCCGGACAAGCAGAGGAAUGAUGACGUGAGGCAUUGUCUGCACGAGCACAACAGCCGUGGAGAGAGGCCGAGGAACUUCGAGAGUCCGGCGGCAUUUGAAUCUCUCCCAAAGGGCGAUGGGGGCAGGAUUGACGGAGAUGAGAAGGACUGGAAAAUAAAAGAGCCGAGCCCCGCGGGAGUGAGAGAUUGCGACAAAACCGGGAGCUCACACUCGGAAGUCCCCAAAGUCGUCCCUCUCAAGCCACAGCGAUCAAAGAAGUCUUUGAAUACAGAGAACAAAGGUGUCGUACACCCUCAAACCCAAAGCCUUUCUGAUGGAGACAUCUUUGGCGACGUACAGAUGACAAAAUCAAAAGACGCAUCCUUUGAGGCAGAAAGGAGACUCGAGGAUAACACUGUGCUGCAAUCUGCCACAGAUGUCGUCAAGGAAAACCCAGCGGCCGCCAAAAGCCACAGUGAGGCCGUGAUGUUGAACCAGCAGCGAACUCUAAUUUAUCAGCAGAUGAAGAACGAGCUGUUUGGACAACAGGAGCUCAGAGACUGCAGCGAUGCAACAGGGCAAAAUCACUGGGCAAGAGGAGGAGGCGGCGGAGGCGUGCUACAUGAAGAUCAUUUUCUAAGCAACUCUGAGUUUAAAGAGAGUCUCUUCUCUGGCUCCAAGUUCCCAACAGCUCCCCCCCGAACUCUCCCUUUAAAAACGCAGUGGUCCAGAGACAGGCAGAGCAACAUGGACAACAGCCACAUCCACUACAGGACGCCCGGCCAAGAAAGUGCCAGGAAGAAGCAAGCGGACACACCUCCCACACCUGCCAUACACGAGGAGCCUUUCAGCGAAAGGGAACCAUGGGAAAGACGUCUGGGCUCUGUAUCGGAAGAUGACCAGGACCACGAUAGCCUGUACCUGAGGGAAACCCACCUGGGCAUCGAACGCAAGUGCUCCAGCAUCACGGUCAGCUCCACGUCCAGCCUGGAGGCCGAGGUGGAUUUCACCGUCCUCACUGACCUGCACACAGGCAUGGAGGAGUUCUCCAAGGGCAUGUUAGAGCUGGGAGACAGGGAUCUGUCCCCUGAUGGAGGUCUGUGCUUCAGCAUCGACUUACUACAACAUCAGGGCCCCUCGGAGCCGCCUCCUCCGUUACUGGCUGCCCCUCUGCCCAGAGGAGCGAGCAGCAGCCCUCCGGCCAAACACAUCCAGGCUGAAGAAGUCAGAGGGGAGGUCAAACGGCCCGAUGUUCAGCCUGUAGUUCCCAAAAAACCAAAGAGAUCGGUGCCGGUGUCGUCGUCAGUUGACCGAGAGCAGUGGCACAGAGAAGCCGGUCGUGCCCCCGCUGUCACGCCCCUGAGCAGGGAAGCCAGCGAUCUUAUGCCCACACCGGCGGUGAGGAAGACGGAUGUCAGGACGGAGACUCAGCCCAAUGGGUCGGAGGUCACCACGACCAUCGUGGAGUUCACAGAUCAGGAUCACGGCAUCGCUGGCCUAGGUGAAGUUUGUUACUCUACGAGACAGAGUGUUUCCCCCGUGCACAUGAGCAGUCUUGGCAGAGAGUCGGCAGGGUCGCCCAUCCUUGUGGCUGAGAACGUUACCUCGGCCACCACCCACGUCACCAAGACGGUGAAAGGAGGAUAUUCAGAGACCAGGAUCGAGAAGAGGAUCAUCAUCACAGGAGACGAUGAUGUAGACCAAGAACAGGCUCUGGCCAUCGCAAUACAGGAAGCCAAGCAGCAGCAUCCAGACAUGCAGGUGACCAAGGCAGUCGUUGUCAGGGAAACGGAAUCGUCCACUGAGGAUCGACACGGAGCAUCCGAGGUACAGGAGCCAUCUUGA